AUGGCGACCCUCCGCGCGGGCUCAUGCAAACUGUUGCUUGCUGCCUUCCUUCUCAUCUCUUCCCUCCAUGCAUUCCUCGUCACUUCCACUGAGUUCACGGUCGGUGGUGAAGAUGGCUGGGGCGUCCGGAGAUCGAACAGGGACAGAGACGUCUACAACGAGUGGGCAUCGAGGAACCGCUUCAAAGUCGACGACACCAUACAUUUCAAGUACCAGAAGGACUCGGUGAUGGUGGUGACGAGCGAGGAGUACGAGAAGUGCAGAUCCUCGCACCCCCUGUUCUACUCCAACAACGGCGACACGGUCUUCAAGCUCGACCGGCCCGGCUUGUUCUACUUCAUCAGCGGGAUCGCGGGGCACUGCGAGAGGGGUGAGAAGAUGAUCAUCAAAGUGUUGGAAACGGAAGCAACCCCACCGCCUCAAUCUGCUAACGAGAAUUCAACCGCGACAUCUCAAUCAUCUCCAUGGCCAUUCCCCAUGUACUCGCUGGCCAGCGCCGGGGCGGUCUUAACAGCGUCAUUCUUUGCAUAAUAUUACUUGUCUAGAUCACUUUUUUUCAGUUCUUUUUUGUUUCCGGGGCCCUAGGAAGGGACUAGUGUUGAUUUGGGUCUGGCUUUGC